UUGACCGCUUGAUCUGAAUGCUGUGUGAGUAAUCAUCUGAACCAUUUUCUCUUUAAAGACAUUACAUUACUCAGUAGUGGAUUUAUCAAUAAACAAAUGCACUUACUGGAACGGAAAAGGCAAGAGUCGUCAGAAAUUCUUGAGGAGCUUAAAAUGCAGGGAAUCAUCAAGGGCCAAAGCACACCUUUUGGAAAUGAAGAAGCACCUGAUAACAAGAGAGAAGCCCUACUAAGAAAACCACCAGCCAGGCUGGAAAAGCUUGAUAUCAAAAGAAAAGAGGUGAACGAUCUGACCCUGGAGGACAUUCAGAAUUCUGCUGAAGAGAAAGAAAAGACUGCAGAACAACUGAACCAAAGACUACAGAGCAAGAGAUUUUCUCCAGCAACUGCUCACCAAAACGUAGCUCAGCUAAAUGAAUCCUGUUAUUUAACCGCAGAAGGUGGAAAAGGGACCGACACUAGUCAGCUUUUAUCAUUAGAUCCAGAGGACGGAGAAACUGCAGUCGAAACUGUAAAUGGCAAUUUUGAAGACUUUGCUGUUGUGGAGUCAGAUACAACUUAUAACUGUUCAAUUGAAGCAUUCUAAAAAAGA